AUUACUUUUUAUAUAUCUUUAUUAAAUGGCAAAGACAAAAGAAAACAUAUGUUCAUUAGACAUGGAAAAAGACAAUGAUAAUUCCAUCAGUGCAGAGUUAUCUAAUCAAGAGGAAAGAGAUAAACUGUUGGACGAGAUCGCUAUACUAAAAGCGCAUGUCUCUCUGUUAGAAACCAUGAUUGAAACACCCAAAUUCGGUCAAUUGCAAUUUGCAAAAAUGUCAUUGAUGCAUAGGAAUGAAGUUGCAAGAUUUCAUGUACCGGACGUGCAAACGGAAUUAUGCGAUGAACUUUAUCGAUUUGCGGGAUUGCGAUGUCGAGAAUUCAAUCGAAACUCGAGAUACGUUUUUGAAAUCACUGGCACCGAGCAAAACGGAAACGACACGAAGAACAAUUUAUAUGCAAUAGAAAUAAUGAUAGACGAAAGCGGUUGCGGAAAAUUAGGAAAGUGGGUGUUGCCUAUGUCCGUCGAUGUGCAAGAAAUACUAUCACAAUAUCCUAUCGAUAAUUUAAAUAAUGUAAAACACUUUUUGAAAAGCUGCAAGCAUCACGUUGAUAGUUAUCUUUGUCGUUUGAAGCAACUUAAAGAAUUGCAGGGUUUAAUCUCAGAUAUUAAAAAUAUUCGCAUAUCUCACACUUUGGGCAUUACUUUAAUUGAAUUGAUAAUAUCAGGAAUAAAAUAUGUUGAUACUGAUGAAUUUUAUAACGUUAUGGUAUAUCUGUACUAUAAAUCUACUGCAGCAAGACCUUACAAAUUAUCCUCGGAUACGGAUAAUGAUGAAAGACAGUCGUCGAUUCUAAUUAAAAAAUUGAACAAAUAUUUUAAACCUUUCUUGAAGAAAGAUUUGAGCUUAGCUUUCCUGCAGAUCUACGAAUCGCAAACUAUAUUUGUAUGGCAAAAAGUUAUGGCAAACGAUAAUGAAGAUAUCACGGAAGUCUCCGAUACAUCAGAUGACGGAUUUUUAACGAAAUUUCUAUACCGAGGAGAUAAGAAGAAAAGCAAAAAUAAAGUACAAAAUGAAGAUUUUACUUUAGAUGGAAAUAAAACGGAAACUUCGCUUUACGUUGAAAAAGAGAAAUAUGAAGAUAUUGAUGUCACAGAUAAUACAGCGAGAGAUGAUUCUUUGAGAAAAGAUGGAAAAAUUAAGUCACGUAAACGCAAAAGAUUAGCGAAAACAGUAGCGAAGUCACGUGGCACGAAAAAAUCACAGGCAGAUUCAGAAAAGCUCAAAAAGAGAAUAUCUAGCACGAAAAAAGAAAAUGAUCAAAAUAAAGCGGAUAUCGAUUAUCCUAUUUCGAAUGUUGCAAGUGGAAUAAAUUCUACUCUAGCGAGUACUGAAAACGUACAGAUGGAAGAUAAUUAUAAUCGCAAGAAUGGUUCGUUAAAUAAAGCGACUAAUAAAAACAAAGGAAACCGUAAAAGAUCAUUAAAUGAAUCAAAUGAUACAAAUAAUUCAGUAAACUUUCAAACAGUAAAGAAGAGGAAGCCUACUACUAAUCAAGUUAAAGAGAAAAAGAAGUAUAUUUCAAAACUGAAGAAUAAUAAACGAGCCAAAGUAAAAACUAGUACUCCUUUUUCGAAAAAAGUACCCAAGUCCUAUAGCUUUCACGAGAUUUCUCCUAUAAAGAAGGAAGACUAA